AUGGUAGCGAAGGAGGCAGAGUUUUUAAACGGAGCUGCAAUAUCAGAUUUGAGAGUUACAGAUUCUAUGAAGCUACGGCUGACGUGCCGACUUCAGUAUCAGCACCGGUCGGGAAAACACAGUAAGUCACGAGUUGUCAUUGAGAUAAUUGCGCCUAUAGUUGGCUUUGUGGUACUGCUUAGCCUCGUUGGGGUUUAUGCUGCAAAAGGAAGGAAGCUGAGGACAGCUAUUCAAAGUGAACUUGAAGCUAACGAUAAUGAAAUUAAGCCUGCUGAAUCAAUACAGUUCAACUUUAGAACCAUCAAAGUCGCUACAAAUUCCUUCUCUGAUGGAAAUAAGCUUGGGCAAGGUGGAUUUGGACCUGUUUAUAAGGGCAAGCUAUCCAAUGGACAAAAUAUUGCUGUCAAAAGGUUGUCUGGGGUUUCUGGGCAGGGAGAUACUGAAUUCAAGAAUGAAGUGCUAUUAAUGGCUAAGCUUCAACACCGAAAUUUAGUUCAGCUGUUUGCAACAAAUUCAAAACAAGAUGACAUACUGGAAUGGAAGAAGAACAUAAACAGUGGAAUGAAUGAACUGGAUGAUGGAAUAAUGGAAAACGAAUUGAAUGUGAACGGAAUGAGAAGAACCCAAAGCCCCAACAAUGCAGUCUCUCCCUUCUCUCGCCAGAAAACCGCCUCUGUUCUGCUCCUCUUCAGCUAUUCCGUCGAGCUUUCUCUAAGAAGGAAAGGGAGAACAUCAGCUUGCUCACCUUCGGUCUCGAUUCACUAG